UCUGUCAACUCCCAGUGAGCCGGGAGACAAACAGGAAGUGCUCUCACCAUGUGUGGGGGGCGGGGCUAAGUUUCUUACUUUCACUGGAGAGCAGCGCUGCUACCUGUCUGUCUGGGGAUAAAGGAGAGAAGCUGCCGCUUGUGCCUGUGCGUUUUCUCAAAGUGGCUGGCAUCUCCCUGUGUGAAACUUACUGAUGUUUAGGAGUCCGAGGUUUCUGGUGGUGUAUCUGCUCUUUACAUCCUUGGCUAAUUGGCACUGAAACCAGCUGAAAAUCCACACAGUUUACAGUGGUUUACAUUUAUAAAUGCAACAGGAGCUGCAGUGCAGAGUGAGGAAUCGUUACACAAGAAAUUGUGUUCUUGAAACAUACUAACGUAAGCAAUGAACAGUGAAGCGGAUGAGCAACUUUUGCACGAUGCCAGGAAUGGAAACCUUGAAGAAGUGCGGGAACUUUUGGAAAGCAACAGGAAAGGACAAAUUGUUGUAAAUAUUAAUUGCAAAGGUCAAAGUAAAUCUAAUUUGGGAUGGACACCUCUUCACCUUGCAUGCUAUUUUGGACAUGGGCAAGUGGUUAAAGACUUGCUGAUGGCUGGAGCUGUUGUCAAUGUUCAGAAUGAUAUGGGAGAUACACCUCUGCAUCGUGCUGCCUUUACAGGGCGUAAGGAGCUUGUCAUGCUGCUGUUGGAGUACAGUGCAGACACUACUGUAAUUAAUGGAGUGGGGCAGACUGCUAAAGAUGUCACCCAUGACAAGGAGACUGAGACCAUGUUAGAAGCUGCUCAACGGACACAAGAAAGAAAGCUGGAAGAAAUGCUUUUGGCAGCUGCACGUGAAGGAAAUAUUUCAAGACUGUCAGAGUUGCUCAACAAACCUAAGCCCCCUGAUAUCAACUGCACUGACCAAAUUGGAAAUACCCCACUGCACUGUGCUGCAUAUCGUGGCCUUAAGCACUGUGCUUUAAAACUUCUAAAAUAUGGAGCUGAUGUAAAUGCAAAGAACAAAACAAAUCAAAGACCCAUAGAUCUUGCACACCGACUGGAAAUCAAGCAGGUUCUUCAAUCCAGAGUUGGCAAGCAUGUUCUAAGAAACCUCCAGCGAUUUGAAGGAGCACUAUGUAAGAGUUCACGAUUCUUUGGGUGGAGGGUCUUUUGGGUAGUAUUGGAGCAAGGAGUUAUUUCUUGGUAUCAAAAACAAGCUGAUGCCAUAAAUAAUACUUAUCGCCAAGGUUGCAAGCAUCUGACUCAAGCCAUCUGCACAGUAAAAUCCACAGACAAAUACUCUUUCUCUGUUAAAUGUUUUGAUGACAGCAUUCAUAACUUUAAAGUCCUGCCUAAAAAUCUGAAGCAUACAAGGGAGGACUGGUUGACUGCAAUUGAAGAACAUUCUGCAUACAGCACUCACUAUUGUUCCCAAGAUCAGUUAAGUGAUGAUGAAGAUGAGGAGUUGGUACUUGUGGGCGAUUUAAAGGAAUCCCUUGAGAAUGCUCAAACGUCUCUGCAGAGAUUGAACAAAGAAGUCUCCCUGUUCGUUGGUGGGCUCACAAAAUUGGAGAGUACGAAAGAUAUUGAUCCAAUUAUCCAUCAACAACUGACACAAGUUUCCGAUGCCUCCCAGGAUACCUACACAGCCCUAAACAAUUGCCUCAUUCUGUUCACAAAGCAAGAAGCAGUAAGGAAUUUGAAACUAGAACACGAGCAAGAGAAAAAUAAGAUCUUAUCCGGGGCAUUGCAAACACUGGCUACAGAGCACCACGAGUUGGAAAAGUCAUUUGUUAAAGGAACACCCCCAUUUCACACAAUUCUCAGUGAGGAUGAGUUCUAUGAUGCUGUUUCAGAUUCCGACUCCGAUCAUUCCUUAAGCGGAUUUGAAACUGUUACAAGUUCAUCUCCAGACGGCAGUUUAAAUUUGAGCUACAAUCAGCAAGUCAGCAUGUCUGAAGAAAAGAAACCCGGGGGAGGAGGAGGCGGCUCCACAUCUAAUGGCAUUAAAAAGCACAGAACAAGCUUGCCCUCCCCAAUGUUUUCCAGAAAUGAUUUCAGUAUUUGGAGUAUUUUGAGAAAAUGCAUUGGAAUGGCUAUUUUCUUAAGGGGAAUGUUUUCAGCAAGUCCCUAUUGCCAAAAUAAGGGGAAAAAGGAAUUGUCCAAAAUCACAAUGCCUGUUAUUUUUAACGAGCCACUAAGCUUUCUACAACGUCUCUCUGAAUACAUGGAGCAUACGUACCUCAUCCACAAGGCAAACCAGUGCUCUGAUACAGUGGAGCGGAUGCAGUGUGUAGCUGCUUUUGCAGUGUCAGCGGUUGCUUCACAAUGGGAGCGAACAGGGAAGCCAUUCAACCCACUUCUUGGUGAAACAUAUGAAUUAGUUCGUGAGGAUCUUGGAUUCCGAUUAAUUUCAGAACAAGUUAGCCAUCACCCUCCCAUCAGUGCAUUCCAUGCUGAGGGGAUAAACAAUGACUUUGUGUUCCAUGGGUCCAUUUACCCUAAACUAAAGUUCUGGGGUAAGAGCGUGGAAGCUGAACCAAAAGGAAUUAUUACUCUGGAGCUUCUCAAACAUAAGGAAUCCUACACAUGGACAAAUCCUACUUGCUGCGUACAUAAUAUAAUAGUGGGCAAACUGUGGAUAGAGCAAUAUGGCAACAUGGAGAUAACCAAUCACAAAACUGGGGAAAAGUGCAUCUUAAACUUUAAGCCAUCGAGGCUUUUUGAUAAAGAACUGCACAAAGUAGAAGGCUACAUUCAAGAUAAAAGCAAAAAGAAGCUGUGUGCUUUGUAUGGGAAGUGGACAGAAUGCCUGUAUACUACAGAUCCAGCUAGAUUUGAUGCAUUUAAAAAGAGUGACAAGAAGGAAGUAGAAGAAAAAAAGAAUUCUAAACAGGCUGGAAGUACAGAGGAACCAGAUGAGAUGCCAUUACCUGAUUCAGAAAGUGUACAGGUUAUUCCAGGCAGCACACAGCUGUGGAGAAUAGAACCUAGACCUUCCAAUUCUGCACAGAUGUACAACUUUACCAACUUUGCACUAGCCUUAAAUGAGUUUGAUAAGGAUAUGGAAGGCGUAAUCCCGAAAACAGACUGUAGGCUGCGUCCAGAUGUAAGAGCUAUGGAAAAUGGAGAAAUUGACUCAGCCAGCGAGGAAAAGAAAAGAUUAGAAGAGAAGCAAAGAGCUGCCCGGAAGAGCCGUUCCAAAACUGACGAGGAAUGGAAAACCAGAUGGUUCCACCAAGGCCCCAACCCCUACAAUGGUUCCCAGGAUUGGCUUUACUCUGGAAACUACUGGGACAGGAACUACUCCAACCUGCCAGAUAUUUAUUGAAACUGCCGCACAGGAGCGACAGACGUAUUUCCAACUGUAUCCAAUGUAGAUUUGUGUGUUUGACUCUUCCAAAAAUGCACCUUUAUAGCACUCUAAUGCUAGCCUUUAAUAUAAGCAUUCCAACCGGAUUAGUGGACGUUUUUGUAAGAAAGAGCCAGCCAAGCAAUAUUUCUGGGGUUCUAGUGAUGGUGGGAGGUUGAGCUUGGAACUUUUGCUGGCAGUGAAAUGGUAUGAUCCAGAGAAGGGGCAUCACUCUCUCAGGUGCUCUUGUCGCUGGUUAUACUGAAGGCUUGAUAUAUUUUUGAGAAAUACUAAGCACAAUUAAUAUGCAGGAUGUGAAUAAGGGCAGGGAUUUCAUUGCAAUCUUUAUGAAGAUCAUGAGCCCAUUGUUUUAUCAAGACCAGCCUUGUUUUUAUUCCUUUAAUCAUGGGGUUUACAUUACUAUUUUGUCUCCGAGUUCUAGUUAUCGUAUCGACACUUAUUUCUAGGGAUAAAAUCUUCUAUACGUGAUAUGAAAGCUUAGAUGUUGUUAAUACUAUAUAGGACAAAGUUGGCAAAAAACCUUACGGGAACCACCGAUUUUCUGAAAGAUAUUUACUCUGCGUUGUCACUUUUCAUAUAGUAGCUGAUAACUUCAUAUGUGGUGCUUAUGUGUAAUAAGAUGAAGCUGGAUUGGAAACCUUUGCUUAAACCUAAAUACGUUAUUGUUAUGCAGCACAGAGACGCUGUAUAAUGACAACCGUAUAAGGGAUAAUCCCCCUCCCUGUGGGACGUUCCGCUUGCACCAAAACCCAAUGACGGUGCCGCAGUAAAGACUGUGAGCAUCUGAAACUGAACAUCUCUCACUGAUAUACAACAUGGAUUCCACGUGUGUUUAUAUCUGUAUCCCUCUCUUACUCCAGGUGCCUGUUCUAGAUUUGCACCAUGGAAGAGCAGUAGAACUGAGAAUUCUAAUAAUUGUUUAGCAUAUAAUAAAAUAACCUUAAUUUAUCAAGUGCUGCUAAAUAAAAGCAUUUAAAAAGCUCUGAAAA